AUGGAGCCACCACCGCCGCCUCGUCCCAUGGCCCCGGCGGGUGGUGGACAGGCGACAGCUGCGGCCGACGCGCGUCCCAAGAAGCCCAAGGCGCCUGCGCGCACCAAGCAGGGCGCUCUUGCGUCGCUGGAGGGUGGGUACAUCGGUCUGCCAGCGACGGACGCGCCUCUCCCGGGCUUUGCCCCUGCUGGCGGCGGGGCACGCAAAGUCCUGCCUGAAUGGGUGCUGCCCUUCCCUCUGGGCAUCAGGCCGUGUGCCGCUGAAGGCACGCCUCUAGCGUCGAGUCCCGUGCUCUGGCAGGCGCUGCGGCAGACGCGCAUGAUGCACAUGCUGCAGGUGCUCCCGCCAUUCAGCCACCGACACCGUGCGGGCGUCGAGUACUUCGAUCAUGUGCCGCGUGAGCUCCUGCCGGAUCUGCCUGACCGCGCGGCCCAUGCGCUCGUGUCGCUCGGUCGCGCGGACGUGCAAGCUGGGCCGAUGCGGUACGUGGGCGUCCGCUUCUGGCACGCGCGGCGAACUAGCAGCCCCUCCGCACCCACGCCGCUGGAUCCCGGCUUCAUUUUACGACUACAGCAGCGCGCAGAAAAGGAUGUGCACUUGCAGCAUCUCUUGCAGCUCGCACGCACGCACCAGCUGCCGCCCAGCGGCCUCGCGCAGCUCAAUGUCAUCUUGGCGGAACUGAUGCCGCCGCCCCUGCCGCCCAGUGCGUGUGCGCCGCCUGUGGUGCUCGUCGAGUUCCCUGAGAAUCCCGGCGUCCUUUUCCUUCUGCCGCUCUGGCACAUGGCCAUCGAGCGAUGCGUCUCGCACGACGCCCGCCACCUUCUUCUCUCUUUCAUGAUACCCGCCAUUGGGUCCAAGGCCGCCGGCGAGAGCGGCAAGGACGAAGCGCUCCGAGCCGUGCAAGGCAUGCUCGUGCGUGACGUCUCUGCCGUGCCGACGGCCGCCGCGCCCGAGCCUGCGCCUCCCAAAGCACCUGCGCCCCGCAGCCGCCGAGCUACGCGGUCGAAAAGCGAGUCUAUGCCGCCGCCACGCACGCCAUCACCCCCACCGAUACCAGCGCGGCAGCAUGAGCUCUUUCCCCUUGUAUGGCGCAUCACUGGCCCGAUCGAUGAGCGCCUCUGGGACUGCUUCGGUCGUGUGCCGGGCGCCCUGACAAACGGCACUUGCGCCUCGGAGCAGGACGAGCACAUAUUCAGCGCGAUCAAAGCGUCGAUACAGGCGCGCAUGGCCUCCAUGCCGCGCGAGCAGCCGCUUCCUCAGCACGUCGCCGACGCCGAUAUACCACCUGGCCUCUCUGACCACAUCCACGACAAGUACGCGAUGCGUGUCCUCAUCCACACCAGUCGGCCGCAGCCGAAGCGCAAAGUCGCCACGCUGUCCGACACGCGCGAGCCAGCAACGCGUCACGCCGCUGAGCGCACUGCGCUCGUCAGCUCUGUCGACGCACGCGGCGACAUGCUCAAACCCAAGCGAAAGCGCCACGUCGCGACGCACAAUCCUGAUGGCACUCUCAAGAGCUGCGGAGCUUGUGGCAAGACCAAGACACCUAUGUGGCGUCGGGGACCAAAGGGGCCCUCACAGCUGUGCAAUGCCUGCGGCGCCAAAUGGAAGGCAGGUCGUCUCGUCGUGCCGGACGUGCCGCCGCCGCCCUUGGUCGAUGACGUGAUGCCCGUGAGGCACAGCAAGCCAGCAGCUCCGUCUCCCGCCCCAUCCACCUCCGACAGCAUCGUGCCCACCAUGCCGCCCGUGCCGACCGUUCCUCGAACGAUGGAGGCGCCAUCUGCUGCCCCGCCGCCGCCGCCGCCGCCGAGCGCGCCAAGCGAAGGGCGUUGA